AUGCACCACUCAGAUGGGAGCAACGCGGACCAGAAGGGAGGCGUGCUUGCGGAAACCGAGACGGUGAGCCGCGAUGAUGUAGCAGCAGCAGACACUGCUGCUGCAGGGGACUUGGCGGGUCUAGGACGCGACGCGGACGUCGCGGCGCGAUUCCUAGCGUCGCUGGACCCGACCAUCGCCAACGAGCCGAUCACGAAGGAGGAGGCCCGGCGCAUACUCUGGAAGAUCGAUCUGAUCAUCCUGCCGCUGCUGGCGCUGUCGGUAAUCAUCUCGGCAGUCGACAAGGUGAUCAUCUCGAACGCGGCGAUUUACGGCAUGCGCGACGACACCCGCCUCGUGGGCGACCAGUUCUCCUGGGUCGGCUCCAUCUUCUACUUCGGCUUCCUCGUCGCCGAGUGGCCUGGCAACGUCCUCAUCCAGCGGCUCCCACUCCGCACGUUCUACGCCGUCACGGUCCUCUUCUGGGCGGGUCUGACGUUUGCUACGGGUGGGACGAACGACUUUGCGAGUCUGGCAGCCGUUCGGUUUCUAAUGGGCAUCUUCGAGGCUGUGGUCUUUCCCGUCUGUACCUUAGUUUCGGCCAUGUGGUGGACCAUCGAGGAACAACCAAUCAGGAUCGCCAUCUGGUACAACACCCUAUCCUCCGUCGUCACAGGCUUGUUCUCGUACGGCGUCGGCCACACGCACUCGAGCGUCGCCCCGUGGCGCCUGCUCUUCUACAUCCUCGGCGGCGUCACCACGGUCUGGGCCGCAGUCCUCUACGCGUUCCUGCCCAGCUCCCCCGUCGAGGCUUGGUGGCUGACCGAUCGACAGAAGUACGUCUGCCUCGAGCGGGUCCGCAAAAGCAACACCGGCAUCGAGGACAAGAAGAUCAAGUGGUAUCAGGUCAAGGAGUGCCUGAUGGAACCUAGAGCUUGGCUGAUCUCCAUAUUUGCGUGUGCCAUCAAUAUCCCCAACGGCGGCCUGGUCACAUUUGCAGCCAUAAUCGUCAAUGGCAUGGGGUUUAGCCCCCUGGACACCACGCUCCUAGGAAUGCCGACCGGUGUCAUCGCCACGGCCUGGUCUAUAAUCCUGAACUUUGUCGCGAGCCGAUUCCCCGGCUGGCGGUGCGUCCUCAUCGUAGUGGCGAUUUUCUUUCCCAUGGCCACGGCGAUACUGAUGUGGAAGCUGCCCUCGGACAACAAGCUCAGCCUCCUGGGUGCCUACUACGCCUUCUAUUCGUACUGGGCGCCGUACACCAUGUGCACGUCUCUGCCCAUGGCCAACACGUCAGGCCACACCAAGAAGGUCACCCUGAACGCCAUGUUCUUCCUAGGGUACUGUGUCGGAAACAUCCUGGGCCCGCAGGUAUUCCGCGCGGACGACGCGCCGGAAUAUCACAAGGGGUACAUCGGGCUCCUGAUAUCGCUCAUCGUGGGCGCCGUGUCCAUAGCGGGGUAUGGGUUGACCUGCUACUGGGACAACGCCAAACGUGACAGACUGCAGGGAGGAGCCCCGGUACCCCAGACGGAGGAGAAGACGCGAGAGGCCUUCUCCGAUAUGACAGACAGGGAGAAGCCCAACUUUAGGUAUACGUACUGAUAGGAUUUUAAUUAAUAGUAUAUAGGUACCUAGGUAGUAAAAUAUCCCUUCCUACGGCCCCGGCCAAAACUGUCAUGACUAAAUUCUGUCAGAGUUAUACGACGACACACGGAGGGAAAUCAAAUAACUAUAACGUAAUGUGCCUUUAAUCCGCGUGCUAUAUAAUAGAGUGAGGGGUGAGGGGAUGUCCAGGAAGGGUGAGUGAUUCGUGGACAGUCUAGAAGCCACACACCAGUGCCGUAUAUGCGUUUCCGGAAUUCUCACGGGAAGGGUCCGGAUGGAUCUUUCGUAUCAUGAAACAGGAAAUCAAGAAUGUUGACGAGUGGGUACCUGAUAGGUACCUACCUACCAUACCUACCUCCUAACCUAAUGUUUUAUCGGCAGUGCUGCCGAUUCUUCGGAAGCUACGAAAACGAAAAUGGAGACUCUAUGUUGGUAUUGCAUGUGAUUUCUUCAGCAAGACAAGACUUCUUGGCGGUGGAUCUGAUAAGAUAAUUUGCAAACGGCGUUGUACGGUUUGUCUCAUUUUAUUCCGCCUCGUCGCUAUAAAAAGAAGGGCAAUAAACUGC